UGCCCCAACAACUGCUCGGGUCACGGCAGAUGCAGCACGGCCAACUCAGCGUCGGGCCGAGUGUACUGCGAGUGUGAGGAGUACUGGAAAGGAGAAGCGUGUGACAUCCCGUACUGCAGGAACAACUGUGGCAGCCCGGAUCACGGCUACUGUGACCUGACCGGAGAGAAGCUCUGCGUGUGCAACGACAGCUGGCAAGGUCCAGACUGCUCUCUGUCCGUUCCCUCCACCGAGGCUUUCUGGGUGCUGCCGAGCAUCAAACCGUCGGCUCAGUCUCUGGGUCGGGCGUCCCAUCAGGCCCUGGUGCAUUCUGGGUUAAUGUGGGUGGUGGGAGGUUACUCCUUCAACUACUCCAACUAUCACAUGGUCCUCAACUACAACCUGGAGAGCAGUACGUGGGACGCUGUUCCUGUCAGCAACGCUCCUCUCUACAGAUACGGACACUCACUGGCUCUCUACCAGGACGACAUCUACAUGUUUGGCGGGAAGCUGGAGGCGGGAUCGGCCAACGUGACGGACGAGCUGUGGGUGUUCAACAUCCCCAGACGCACCUGGUCGCCGUGGAAACCGUCCCCUCCCCCUCCCUACGCCCUGGAGGGUCACACGGCCCACGUGGUGGAGCUGGCCGACGGAGAACCGGUGAUGCUGAUGUUCUUCGGAUACUCGCCGAUCUACAGCUACGUCAACAAAGUUCAGGAGUACAACAUCAGGUCUAACUCGUGGCAGGUGGUGUCUGCCGGCGGCGCCGUGGUCCAGGGAGGUUACGGCCACAGCAGCGUUUACGACGAGGCCAGCGGCUGCGUGUUCGUCCACGGCGGAUACAAGGCGCUUAGCAACAACAAGUACGGCCUGGUGGAUCACAUGUACCGCUACCACGUCCACACGAGAACAUGGUUGAUCCUCAGGGAGAGCGGCUUGGCGCGGUACCUCCACUCUGCGGUGCUGCUGAGCGGCACCUUGCUGGUUUUCGGGGGAAACACUCACAACGAUACGUCACUCAGCAACGGAGCCAAGUGCUUUUCUGCUGACUUCCUGGCGUAUGAUAUAGCUUGUGAUGAAUGGACUGUCCUUCCCAGACCAGGGCUGCACCGAGACGUCAACCGCUUUGGACACUCUGCCGUGGUUAGCAAUGGCUCGAUGUACAUCUUCGGCGGUUUCUCCGGUCUGCUUCUGAACGAUGUGCUGGCCUACACUCCUCCGUCCUGCAAGGCCUUCUCUGACCCAGAUCUGUGCGCUGCGUCCGGGCCGGGACUCCGCUGCCACUGGGUCAAAGGUGGAUGCGUCGCCUGGCAACUGAAACCACCUGACGAAACGUCCUCCGCUCCUCUCUGCCCGCCGCGGUCCGACAGUACAGACGAGCAGUGUUUCAGGUUCUCAGACUGUGCUAGCUGCACCGCCAACACUCGCGGCUGUCAGUGGUGCGAGGACAGGAAGUGUAUCUCCACCUCCAGUAACUGCACAGUGUCGGUGAGAGACUCGUCCAGGUGUAAACGCAGAGAGGAGCAGGAGUGUUUCAGACUGGCGAACUGCAGGAGCUUCCUCAAUGUCAACUGUCAGUGGGAGGCUCAGCAGCAGGAGUGUCAAGCACUGCCUGGCCAGCUGUGCGGAGAGGGCUGGCAUCAUGUCGGCGAGGUCUGCCUGAGGAUCAACUCCAGCAGAGAGAGCUACGAUAACGCACAGCACUACUGCAAGAACCUGGGAGGAAAUAUUGCUUCUUUGCUCACAGACAAACAGGUCAAUUUUGUUCUGGAGGAGCUACAGAAAUACCAGCUGCAAGACAAGACGUUGUCUCCGUGGGUGGGCCUGAGGAAGAUCAACGUGUCGUAUUGGGGCUGGGAGGACGCGUCUCCGUUCACUAACACCAGUCUGCGCUGGUUACCAGGGGAACCAAACGACUCAGGUUUCUGUGCUUACCUGGAGAGAGCGCAGGUGGCAGGACUCAAAGCUAACCCCUGCACGGCCAACACGGACGGGCUGAUCUGUGAGAAACCUGCUGGGAGUCCACAGAGUCAGAGCGCUCGGCCCUGCAGGACUCCGUGUGCUGUGCGGACCAGCUGUGCUAACUGCACCAGCCAGGCCAUGGAGUGCAUGUGGUGUGGAAGUACGCAGCGGUGUGUCGACUCCUCGGCCUACAUCAUCUCCUUCCCCUACGGACAAUGUCUGGAGUGGCAGACGCAGGACUGCACUGCCCAGAACUGUUCGGGUUUGAGGACUUGUUCCGACUGUCUGGAGAGAGCGGAGUGCGGUUGGUGUGGUGAUCCCAGUAACACCGGCAGAGGCGUUUGCAUGGAGGGUUCCUACCGAGGGCCUCUGAAACCCGCUAAUGCCAAGACUGGACCGAGAGAUCGGGAUAGACUGAGAGAUCGGGACAUGUUGCUGGAUCAGAGUCUCUGCUCGUCUGAUAGGGGCUACAACUGGGCCUUCAUCCAAUGUCCAGCGUGUCAGUGCAAUGGUCACAGCAGGUGUGUGAACGGCACCGUGUGUGAGCACUGCGGGAACCUGACGGCCGGGACGCACUGCCAGAGCUGCAUGCCCGGUUACUAUGGCGACCCCACCAACGGAGGGAAGUGCAACGCGUGUAAGUGUAACAGCCAUGCCAACGUGUGCCAUGUCAACACAGGGAAGUGCUUCUGUACCACAAAGGGGAUCAAAGGAGACCAGUGUCAGCUAUGUGACUCGGAGAACCGUUACCUUGGCAACCCCCUCAGAGGAACAUGUUAUUACAACCUGUUGAUCGAUUACCAGUUUACCUUCAGUCUGCUGCAGGAGGACGACCGACACUACACCGCUAUCAACUUUAUGGCUACGCCUGAACAGGCCAACAAGAACCUCGACAUGUCCAUCAACGCCUCGAACAACUUCAACCUCAACAUCACCUGGUCCUUAAGCUCAACAGCUGGAACCAUCUCAGGAGAGGAGAUGCCGAUCAUAGCGAGAACCAACAUCAAAGAGCAUCGAGACAGUUUCUCCUGUGAGAAGUUCAACUUCAGACUCCAUCACAACAUCACCUUCUACGUCUACGUGUCCAACUUCAGCUGGCCCAUCAAGAUCCAGAUUGCUUUCUCCCAACACAACAGCAUCAUGGACUUGGUGCAGUUCUUCGUCACCUUCUUCAGCUGUUUCCUGUCUCUGCUGCUGGUAGCUGCCGUCGUUUGGAAAGUCAAGCAGACCUGCUGGGCUUCACGACGAAGAGAGCAGCUGAUGAGAGAGCGACAGCAGAUGGCCAGUCGUCCCUUUGCGUCAGUCGCCGUGGCGUUGGAGGUGGGCGGCGACCAAGAGGAGCUGUUACAGGCGGUGCCGAAGCCGAUAGCCAUGGAGCCGUGCUGGGGGAGCAGAGCAGGUGUUCUGACCGUGUUGCUGUAUCUGCCCAGAGUCCCGUCUGGAACGCCUCCACCGGGACAGUCUGGUAUCGCUAUAGCCAGCGCUCUGGUGGACACGUCACAGCAGCGAGUGAUGGACUUCAAAGAAAGAGGCCUCGGUCUGAAGCACCGCAAACACACCGUGCACCACCAGGGGACCUGUGUAUGA